UCUCAGCUGUCAGAUGGCCAGUAGUACUUUGCUGGAAGAGAGUCUUGAUACUCUACUCUUCCCUUUGGCCUUUUUUCUAUCAUUGCUGAAUUUUGAUAGCAAGCAAGACAGAGAGAAAUAGAUAACUAUGCAUAGACACCUGAGGUUCUUCUUUAGAAAGAGGAGUGUCAAAGUUGUCCCUUUCAAGGGGCAGGGUGACAGCACUGUAAGAGAAGAUGUAUCUGCAUUUAGAAAAGAAAGCAGAAGCACUGUGAAAGAUCAGCAUCCCAUUGUGGAAGAAUCAGCAUGUAGAACCACUGAGUGUCAUCCUGUCAGCAAGUUAUGGGGAGAAAGGAAGAGUGGGAAUAAGGGCAUUGAUAUCUUCAUAAGGUUCCUUGAUGCUGUGAAUGCUGAAUGUAUGACAACAGGGAAAGAUGGCAGGGAGACUCUGGGCCUCCAUUACUCUAAAGCGGACAUGGUGGAAACACUUGUGGAAGCUAUGGAGGAGUUCUCUAAUCACCCACUGGCCGUCUUUAUAUUUACGAGCUGCAUGUCCACCAUCUCCAACUUAAGCAAAUUCAAGCCUCCCCUAAGUCCUGAGCUUGAGUCACGUGUGCUUUGUGCAGUGAUCAAGAGAGUGAUUAGCAGUGAUAUACGAAGGAUGGAUGUCUGCAGCCAGACAAUGUAUAAAGAUGCCUCAGCAGCAUUAAUGAUAAUGCUACAAAGACUGCUGGAAGAGAAUCCAACCACUGCACAUCUGCUGCACAUUCUGGAGCACUUCAAAGGAUGGAUUCUGUCCAGAGUAGUACAGGAAAAAGCUGAGGCCAUCAAAGCUACAACUCAUCUCCAAAUUGUAGCCUUUUAUAAUUUAAAUGUGCUGUACGAUGUUCAUGAAAUGCGAGACCACCAUAAAAGGCUGUGGACCUAAAGAGAACAAUAAGGGAGGUCCAGAUUCUUCCUGCCAUUCUACCGUGCUGCCUUGCAUAGCAUCAAGGAACCAAAUGAUGACAUCAGCAAGCCAUACCAUCUUGGCUGAAGGGUUCCAGCUGUUCCAGCCCUGUUUCUUUGCCUGAGGCACAAUAAGACCCGCUUACCUUUUACAGAGGAGGAAGAAACUGCUGUACCAUCUUGAUGAAUGUCACUCAAGACUAGUGUUUCUACUGUUUCUGCUGUUUUAUAAUUAUCAAUGCUUCUAUUUUUAUUUC